AUGUGGGAGAAUGAAGAGGCGGCGCUAAUCGAAGCCUCGCGUAAAGCAUAUCAAGAAAAUUCGAAUCUAGAUGAUCCGUCACAUAACUUGAGGGAAAGUUUUGCCGAUGGGACGGAAUUGAUAAGGCUAGAUGAUGAUGAAACUAUCAUGGUUCCUCGUAUCGCGAAAGAGGAUAGUGCAAAUACAUCUCGGCUGACCAAAAAGAGGGCAAAGAAGCACGGAAAUCGUCUUGCUGUUCUCCCAGAUACCCAUGAAGACUCGCUCUCAGCUCUUGAAGUGACGGGCGGGACACCUGUCGCGAAAAAGCCAUCAAAGCGUGAAUUGGAUGCAUAUCGCCGUCGAAGUGCCGGAUCAGAAUGGUUUGGAAUGCCUGCAUUCCCAGGAUCAUUAUCAAAAAAUGCUUCCAAGGAUUCACGCAUCGAAGGAGGCAAGUCAAGCUAUACAGGCGGUGAUGCAAGGGCUGCUACAGAAAAGGAGAUGCGACAACAGCUAACUGCCAUUCGUUUGCGCAAUGCUUUAGACCCUAAACGUUUCUAUCGCGGAAGCGGUGGAACAGGAUCUGAUCGCUCUAUCCCAAAAUAUGCACAGCUUGGUAAAGUAGUGGGAGGUGGCUUGGAACCUACUUCCGUGCUCACCAAGACCCAGCGUGCAAAUUCAGUUGUGGGCGAACUCAUGAGGGACUCAGGCGCCGUGUCAUACUCAAAGCGCAAAUUCGGAGAGCUACAGGAAAAGCGUAUGGCUCACUCAAACCAUAGCCGUGGAAAGCCACAUCGUGGCAAGCGGCGCCGUUCCUAG